AAAAAGGUUGUGCACACCGAAGAAGUUACCUCGUCAACUUUUCUGAUGUGAGAUCUAAUUCCAAACAGAUAAUUCUUCGUGUUCUAAGAGAAAUGACACAGAACACGGAUGAGAAGCUGGAGGAAUUAGCCACUGUGUUCGACAGAAUCAACACCGUAUACAGGAGUCACCUGGUGAAGAGUGUGGUCUGGCAGUUGGGCAGCCCGGUGGUGGCCCUACAGACUCCCAACGACAACCAGGAAGUCACCAGAGUCGUAGUGGACCAGUCCGACAUGUACACCGAUGUGCUUUCCAAGCUGGCGGACCACACGGACAAGAACAGUAUCCCGAGGAAACGAAAGUUUGCAAUCUGGGUUCUACUGGAGUACGUGCGUUCCCUGACUGAUCACCAGAUCCCUGCCCAACAUUACCUCCACGAACUAGUCAUCAACUCACUGGUCCUCCACAAGGCUUACUACCAACUGCAUCAGUUGCUGCAAUACUUUGUUGUUUCUGAUUCCAAACCUCUAGCAUGCUUGCUGCUGUCACUUGAGAAUCUGUACCCUGCAGCUCACCAGCUGGCCUUGGACAUGCUGCAGCGGCUCUCAACUGCCAACCAGGAGAUCACGGAAGUUCUGCUCUCCAAGUGUCAGAUACUGCCAGCUCUCAGAUACGCGAUGGAGUCAGGUACUGAAGACCAGUUGUCUAGCCGCAAGUUCCUCGAGUUGGCGCAAGCCGCAGAUGACAAGCAGCUUUUCUACUCAGUAGCCGCCUACUUCGAGACCAGGAACACCGGUGUCAACGGAUCUGUCACGCCGUUUAGAUGAGAUCAGCUCAUACUGUACAUAUAAACUAUACAUAUACAUAUACGGAAAUGUGAUCUAAGAUAUAAAUUUAUUCACUCAACUCAUUCUAAAUAUUAUUUUAUACUUGUACUACAUUACUCUGGCAGUUAUGUUAUUUUUUUAAAUUUUGCUCACUACCCUUGACUUAAUUUCCAAUACUAGUCUUCCAUUAUACCUAAUUAAUAGUUCGGUAAUGCAAUAUUCUUGUACCUCGUUAUUGUUCAAUUUAGUAAACGGCUUAGCAGACCUCAAUAAUUGUAAGACAACUAUAUUGUUUCAAACUGCAUUCACUUUGACAAAUUUCCUCUUGCAAGGUGCUUUCAACAUUGUUAUUUUAAUUUUAAGUUAACAAUAAUAUAUGGUAUGUGAUAAAACUACUAUACAUAAUUAUUACUGUAAUAAAUUAGCAUAAACCACUAUUAUAGUUCAUUAAAUUAAUGUGAUACCCUU